GAGACUGAUACUUUCUUUAGCUUGCUCGAUAUUGGCCACUCUUCGGCCCUGCUGUGGUGUUGGUCAAGACUGUAUGAGACCGUCGACCCACGGGCGCUUCCGGCCGCGGCUUGGUGAUAAGCACCAUCCAUCACACAUCUCGUUGAACGACAGCACGUCUUUAUCAAAGUGUCGUCGCAUAGCAGCUUCCACUUCCAUCGUUCACAGCUUACCCUCGACUUACCUUGCCCUCAACCAUGCCUUCAGUAUCUGUACCAAACGGCAAUGCGGCCGCUUCUGAGGAAACCAUCGACCUGCCUCUGUUCGACAUUUCCAACGAGACGCCCGAGUUGGGCAAAGCCGUUGUAGAGGCCGCCGCCAAAUGGGGGUUUCUAUGGAUCGCUGGCUCUCCAGCGCCAGAGAAUGGCACAUAUCAAAAUGGCAACGGGACGGUCGCCAGGACGUACGACCUUGAUGAGGCAACUGUCGACCACGUCUUUGACAUUUCCCGGCGGUUCUUCAAAGAAGCCUCUACGGAAGAGAAACAAGCAUGUGCAAUCAAACACAAUCGAGGAUACGUUGGGAUGCAUGUCGAAAACCUCGAUCCCAGCAAGCAUUCACGCGGUGAUUUCAAGCAGGCGUUCAAUCUCUCUGGUCCAGAUCCCAUAACCGACGAAUGGCGCCAACCACUGCCAGCCACAUUUCAAAAAGAAGAUGCUACAUUUCGUGACUUUCAUGCCAGAUGCCGGAAUAUAGCAACGCGCAUUCUUCGACUCCUUGCAAUGGGCCUGGCUAUCCCUGAUGUCGACUGGAUAGCUCGUACCCACGACAACUCUCCAAACACUUCUCGAUUCCUAUACUAUCCUACACUACCUUCCGAUACUGACUACGACGCUGAAGCCGACAUUCGAGCGGGUGCACAUUCUGACUACGGGAGCAUCACCCUUCUCUUCACUCGGCCUGAGCAGCCUGGCCUGGAGAUAUUGAAACCGAACGGAGACUGGGCGGGUGUACCUAUCUUCCCGCCAAACUACCAUUCCAAGUCAUUUCCCCCGAUUGUCGUAAACAUUGGAGACUUGCUGAGCUAUUGGACCAAUGGCUUACUGAGAUCAACAAUUCAUCGUGUCAUCUUGACAACACCCUCUGGUGAACAGACCUCUUCAAACAGCCAUACCGAUACCGGUAUCGGGUCCGACCGCUUUUCAAUUGCCAUAUUUGUGCAGCCUCAUGAGGACACCAAACUGACCCCCAUGCCUUCGCCGCUGGUCGCGGAUAGGGCAGCAAGCUUCCAGAAAGAGGUCAUCGGACAUGGAGGCGGUGUUCUCAAUGCCGAGGGAAUGAAAACACUCACGUCAGGCGACUAUCUGAGCGCCAGAUUGCAGGCGACGUACGGAAAUGUUUUCGAGAGGGAGAAAAAGUAGGCCUCCCGGUUGCGGGCUCUGCAGAUGGACCGAUAAGAGGUGUUGUGCCAUUACUUUGACGUUCGUAAACUUCAUGUUGAUAUGAUUCAUGGAACUAUACCUGGGAGAUUUGGAAGUGGAUUCCGGGCAAUGUUUGGUUCGCUCAUCUCCGUCUCAUCGGCGCAAAGACGUUGCAGCAUCGCCUGAGCUUCGUCGCGACUCGAAGCUUUAGGAAAGAAGCGAACCACAAAUCCAAGCACUUGUUGCACGCUCUCCAUCACAUCCACCUUGUGCUCUUCUCUCAUGUUACCGAUGGUCAGCAAGAUUGAUGCUCGUUCUACCACGAAGUCGACCAUGGCAGGAUUGGCAGAAUAGCUGAAACCUGCAACAUCAUGCUCAGGAAGCAAUGCCAUCGCAAUGUGGAAAAGUAGGAUGAGCCCGGUCAAGGACGCUGAUGGCGUGGACUCUUGAUCCCAUUUGCGGACACUGUCAAGCCAGUGGCUCAGUGACACUUCUAUAUCCUCAAGGGUGUUUUUCUGCGCCGGACUCUGCGUCAAAGAAGCAAUACUUUCGAUGAUGGCGCAGAUCUCGAUCCGUGCUUCCGCCAUCGACGUGAAACAGGGACCAUCGAAGGGCAAAGUUAGAUGGUCGCGGUAUUCGGGUUCGACUUGUUUGGUAGCUUGGCCUUUGCGCAAAACAAUGGCGGUAAGCCCUUCUGCGAGCAUACAACCUGGUCGUAGAGCCUCUUGUACAAUUCUCGUACCGUCGCGCCACUGCAGCGAAUCGUAAUUUUGCAACAGUUGGACCGAUGCUUUCAGAUGGACCAGUGCCGCAUCAAAAUUGUUUUGCAUCAUUUCCAAAGUCCAGGCAAGAAGAGCAGCGACCAAAACCUGAAGCUGGGAGAGUUUGCGAAGUCGGAUCUCUGUGAUGGCUGAGACAUAGUGCAAGAGUGCUUGGGAUUUGGUUUCGCCCGAUGCAGAGGCCACUCCUCUGACGAAUUUCGCAUGGGUCAUUGAUAGAGCAACGAGCAUGUGCUUCACCGCUGGAGAUUGCCAGGCGAACUGCGGAACAACCACAGUAUAAAAGUCACCCAUCGGCCCAUAAUGGGAGAGCAUGGCAGAUGUGCUCAGUAGCCAGUGCUCGAGAUAUUGCGUCUCUUCUUUGGUGCCGAAGACUGGCUGAAUUGACGCCAAGUUAGGCGGGCUCUUUUGGACCGUUUGCUUGCUAGCUCGGCUGGUUUGGUCUCCCUCCGAGGUCGUUU